UCCUCCUCGUCGGCCUUCGCUGUCUCGGAGUCAUGAGCCCAGAAAAAAAAAGAGAGAAAAAAAUUUGGUGGAAAUUAAGAAAGAAAACCCCGUAAAUUACCAAACACGCAGCAGCCACCGACCGACCGCCACCGAUCCCCUCCACUGCUCCUAGAUCUCGCCGGCGCGGGCAGGGGGCACAGGCGGCGGCGGCGGCGGAGGAGGAGGAGGAGGAGGAGAUGGCGCUGAACAUGAAGACGCUGACGCAGGCGCUGGCGAAGGCGUCGGCGGUGAUCGAGAAGACGGUGACGACGACGGUGCAGGAGGUGACCGGCCCGCGGCCGCUGCAGGACUUCGAGCUGCUCGACCAGGUCGGGUCGGGGGGCCCGGGGCUCGCGUGGCGGAUCUACACGGCGCGGCCGCGGGAGGGGGCGCCGUCCACGCCCUACCCGGUCGUCUCCGUCUGGGUGCUGGACAAGCGGGCGCUCUCCGAGGCGCGCGCCCGGGCGGGCCUCUCCAAGGCGGCGGAGGACGCCUUCCUCGACCUCACCCGCGCCGACGCCGCCCGCCUCGUGCGCCUCCGCCACCCGGGCGUGCUCCACGUCGUCCAGGCGCUGGACGAGACCAAGGCCGCCAUGGCCAUGGCCACCGAGCCGCUGUUCGCGUCCGUCGCCAACGCCCUCGGCUGCCUCGACAACGUCGGCAAGGUGCCCAAGGAGCUCAAGGGCAUGGAAAUGGGGCUACUGGAGAUUAAACAUGGUUUGCUGCAAGUCUCAGAGACACUAGACUUUCUUCAUAACAAUGCCCAUCUUGCCCAUCGAGCUAUAUCACCUGAGACGGUCUUUAUAACUUCAAGUGGAUCUUGGAAGCUUGGUGGGUUUGGCUUUGCUCUUUCUGUUGACCAAGCCACAGGCAGUUUGACAUCAACACAGCAAUUCCAUUAUUCGGAUUAUGAUGUCGAGGAUACAGCUUUACCUCUUCAACCAUCUUUGAAUUAUACUGCGCCAGAAUUGGUCCGAAGUGGAGAUUCUAAAGCUGGCUUGGCUUGUGACAUAUUUAGUUUUGGAUGUCUGGCUUACCACCUGGUUGCGCGUAGGCCACUUCUGGACUGCCAUAACAAUGUGAAAAUGUACAUGAAUUCCUUGACGUAUUUAACAAGUGAAGCCUUUUCUAAUAUCCCUGCUGACUUAGUGGUGGAUUUGCAAAGGAUGCUAUCAGUAGAUGUAGCAUCACGACCUAGUGCUAUGGCCUUCACAGGCUCUUCUUUCUUCCGGAAUGAUACGCGGUUGCGUGCUCUUCGUUUCCUUGACCAUUUGCUUGAGAGAGACAAUAUGCAGAAGACAGAGUUUCUGAAGGCUUUAUCAGAUAUGUGGAAGGACUUCGAUUCCCGAGUUCUUCGGUAUAAAGUUCUUCCACCUCUUUGUGCUGAGUUACGCAACAUGGUCAUGCAGCCAAUGAUUUUGCCCAUGGUUCUAACAAUAGCAGAAUCUCAGGAUAAAGGUGAUUUUGAGCUUUCAACACUGCCUGCCCUUGUUCCGGUAUUUACUUCGGCGUCAGGUGAAACACUCCUUUUGCUUGUGAAGCAUGCGGAUCUCAUCAUUAACAAGGCUGCACAAGAGCAUUUGAUAUCACAUGUCCUUCCUAUGCUGGUCCGGGCUUAUGAUGACACUGAUCCCCGACUACAGGAAGAAGUACUGCGACGGACAGUGCCAUUGUCUCGCCAGCUUGACGUGAAGCUACUGAAACAAUCGGUGCUGCCACGUGUACAUGGAUUAGCCUUAAAGACUACAGUUGCUGCGGUGCGUGUAAAUGCCUUGCGCUGUUUAGGGGAUCUUGUUCCAUCUCUGGAUAAAGAAGGUAUACUGGAGAUCUUGCAGACUCUUCGGCGUUGUACAGCUGUUGACCAUACUGCACCAACACUUAUGUGCACCCUUGGAGUGGCUAUUGCAAUUUCUAAACAGUGUGGUGUUGAGUUUGCUGCGGAGUAUGUGAUUCCUCUUGUCUUCCCACUGCUCACAGCGCAUCAACUGAAUGUACAGCAAUUUGCUAAGUAUAUACUAUUUGUCAAGGAUAUCACAAGCAAGAUUGAAGAGAAGCGUGGUGUGACUGUUACAGAUAAUGGGAGUACAGAGGUAAAAGUAUCGCCCUCAUUGGCAAAUGGGAUUCAUUCUGAACCAUUGUCAGGAGGUGUAGGACAAACUGGACACAUACAAGCUGCUAAUGGUCCUGCAUGGGACGAGGACUGGGUUCCUGCUAAGAAAGCCAACGCUCCAUCACAAUCUUCUGAUUCCAAUGCACGAAUGAAGCAACCAUCAGACCCUUUUGAUUUCAGCACUAAAACAAAGCAACCUUCGGUACCUCCUUUCGAUUUCAGUACUCAACAACCUAAACCACCAUCUGCAAUCUCGCAAGUGGCACCAGCUACAUUUUCGCCUGCACAACCACUUCCAUCACUGCAAUCUCUUCCACCAAGUUCUGGACCUCAAACUUCUGGUUCAUGUGUUCCUGUUGACAUCGAGUGGCCGCCUAGAAAAAGUACGUCAUCUGACUUUAAUGGACCACUAUCUGUUAGCAAGGAAAGUGAGGGUCUUGAUGAUAUUGAUCCUUUUGCCAACUGGCCUCCCAAAGCAAGCAGCGGUGCCAGCAUUUCAGCUGCUGAGCACCCGUCAAGCACAAACCAAAGUAUUUCUGGAUUUAGUACAGGGAAUAUUGGUUUCAGUGGCAACAGCGGCUCUAUGGGACAAAUGAAAACCAACCAAGUGAGCUGGUCAGCAAAACCAAACACUACUAAUUUAAUGGGCAUGAACUCAACAGGCAGUUACUUGGAUCAGGGCAACUCGGUUCUUGGAUUUGGAAAUCCAAUUGGAGGACUGAGUACAGGUUUCUCCAAUCCAGUUAAUUCUAUUGGAGGGCAGGGCAUCAUGCAGUCAAAAUCUGACUUUGGAUCACUGCCACUCUCAACCAGCACUACACAGGGUCCACCUAGGCUCGCCCCUCCUCCAUCUGCUUCUGUUGGAAGAGGGCGUGGUAGAAAUCAAGGGCAAUCGGCGCUUUCACGAGCAUCACGGACUCCCCAUUCCAAUGUUUCACCAGAGCAGCCACCUAUUCUAGAUUUACUGUAGCAAUUGAGGACCCUCUAUCUUCCUUCUGCAAAUGUUGAAGUUCUUCUAUAUGGUGAGCAAAAUGCCUUUUUUUCCCGACCUGCUUGCGGCAGUAGUGUAUUUACAUGUCAGUUUUGCAACUGGAUGGUCUCAGACAGUUGAUAGCCCCCAAAAGAAGCUGCUUCAGAGCCUUCCAGAGGUUACAAAAUGUUCUCUUUCUCAGGAAGCCUGCUUCUCUUGGUCCUAUUUGGACAGGCCAAACAGGAUAAGUUCUAUUUGUGUAUAAUAUAUUUGUCCAAACUCUGCUGUAUAUUGUAGAGUUCAUGAAUACAGUCAACAUGUUUGUUGGGAUGUUUUGAAUGCUCAUAGGAUGUGCCACCACUCCACCAGGUUUAAUGGGCCUCGUGCAAAUGGACCCAAGGUGAUGUACUCAGAUACUCCCUCCCUACAACGUGUAAUUCCAUUCAUUUAUUCUGUGAAGGCCCCCAUGUUGUGUAGUCCAACAGUGCAGGCCCAUCAACACAAGAGUAGCCGUUGUCGAUA